CUCGUUCGGAAAUGGCCGAAGACGUGUGUGAUCAUGCGGUUUAGGGGAGGAGGAGAGACCGGCCGGCUUCUUGGAACAAACCAACUGUGCCUGGACCGGAGAGGGGGGGAGCGGGAUCGAACGGACGGAGGAGAAGAAGGCGGCAGCAGCUGUGGCUCCCCCCCUCCUUGCCCCGCCCGAGGACGGCGGCGGGGUGAAGCCCGGGACGGCGCCUCCGUCAGGAGGGCUGAGAAGGUGCAGGAGGCAUGGCAGAGUAUCAACAGCGCAGAGGUGAUGAGAGAGACUGAUGCUUAUCCAAGUCUCUUCCAGCUUGUUUUCAACUAUGGCUGUUGAUUCUGCAUAUUCAUUAGAUGGUAAUACAAGAUGUCAAGAGCAGCAGUAAGAGGUCAGCUUGAUCCCAUUGUGUUUUUGUCGCCAUGACAACACCACACUGCUAGCAACAGCCACUUAACCAGCGAUCAAGGGAGAAGUUUGAUGAUUGAUUCUAGUCGGACCAAAAGUUGCAUUUGCAACAAAAAGGCUGGAGACAGCCAUCAUCACGACAGGAAGAUGAAAUUUCCAUUCUAUUGGCCCGUUAUUAAGCAGGCACAAUAACAUUUUCUUUCAGAGACUUGCUAAUAAAAACUGUUUUGGUUAUGGCUACUGAUCCAACGUGAUUGGGCGCGCACCGACUCUCAGACUCAUGACUGGGUAUACCAUGUUGCGGAAUGGGGGAGUGGGGAACGGCGGCCAACCCUGGGUGUUACGAUGGUCCAGUCGGAUCCGGCUCACCUGGCUUAGCUUUACCCUAUUCAUCAUCCUCGUCUUCUUCCCCCUCAUCGCCCACUACUACUUGACCACCAUUGAUGACGCGGAUGAUGCCGGCAAGCGCAUCUUCGGCCCCCGCACCGGAAAUGAGCUGUGUGAGGUGAAGCAUGUCCAGGACCUGUGCCGCAUCCGUGAGUCAGUCAGCGAGGAGCUGCUCCAGCUGGAGGCCAAGCGACAGGAGCUCAACAGCGAGAUCGCCAAGUUGAACCUGAAAAUUGAAGCCUGCAAGAAGAGCAUCGAAAAUGCCAAGCAGGAUCUCCUGCAGCUGAAGAAUGUCAUCAGCCAGACUGAGCAUUCCUACAAAGAACUGAUGGCUCAGAACCAGCCAAAGCUCUCCUUGCCAAUCCGGCUGCUGCCAGACAAAGAUGAAGCUAACUUGCCUUUGCCAAAAUCCAACAGGAACUGCAGGCUGCACAACUGUUUUGACUACUCACGCUGCCCACUGACAUCUGGCUUCCCAGUGUAUGUCUACAACAGUGAUCAGUACCCUUUUGGUAGCUCCUUAGACCCUUUAAUUAAGCAAGCCUUUGAGGCAACUGUCAGAACUAAUGUUUAUGUUACUGAAAAUGCAAACAUUGCUUGUGUGUAUAUAAUUUUAGUGGGGGAAAUGCAAGAGCCCAUAAUGCCAAAACCUACUGAACUAGGGCAACAGUUGCACUCUUUGCCAUAUUGGAGGACUGAUGGACACAACCAUCUCAUCAUUAAUUUAUCAAGGAAAUCGGAAACUCAGAACUUUAUCUAUAACAUCAGCACAGGGCGCGCCAUGAUUGCCCAAUCCACCUUUUAUGAUGUACAGUAUCGGCCAGGUUUUGAUAUUGUGGUAUCGCCUCUAGUCCAUGCAAUGUCCGAACCCAACUUCCUAGAGAUCCCACCCCAGGUGCCAGUAAAGCGAAAGUACCUAUUCAGUUUCCAGGGAGAGAAAAUAGAGUCUCUUCGAUCCAGCUUGCAAGAGGUUCGUUCGUUUGAAGAGGAAAUCGAAGGCAAUGCCCCAGCUGACUACGAUGAUCGGAUCAUUACCACCUUGAAGGCUGUCCAAGACAGUAAACUGGACUUUGUCUUGGUGGAAUUCACUUGUAAGAACCAGCCUAAGGCAAGUCUGCCCACUGAGUGGGCUCUUUGUGGAGAAAGGGAUGACAGAUUAGAGCUACUGAAGCUAUCUACUUUUGCACUGAUAAUCACACCAGGGGACACCCAUAUAUUGAUCUCUGCUGGGUGUACCAUGAGACUCUUUGAGGCUCUGGAAGUUGGAGCCAUCCCAGUGAUUCUUGGAGAACAAGUUCAGCUGCCCUAUCGUGAUGUGAUCCGGUGGAACGAGGCAGCCUUAAUCAUACCAAAGCCACGUAUCACAGAAGUGCACUUUCUUCUGAGAAGCAUUUCUGACAAUGAUCUCCUUACCAUGAGGAGGCAGGGCCGCUUCUUGUGGGAGACCUACUUCUCCACCUCUGACAAUGUAUUCAGCACAGUCUUAGCCAUCAUAAGGACUCGAAUUCAAAUCCCGGCUGCUCCUAUUCGAGAAGAAACUGCAGUGGAGAUUCCUCACCGCUCUGGCAAAGCUGCUGGUACUGACCCCAACAUGGCAGACAAUGGUGACUUAGACCUGGGGCCUGUGGAAACAGAACCACCCUAUGCAUCUCCCAGAUACCUUCGCAAUUUUACUCUCACAGCAAUGGAUAUCUACAGGAAUUGGAAUUCAGCUCCAGGUCCUUUCCACCUCUUUCCACAUACACCCUUUGAUCCCAUUUUACCUUCAGAAGCUAAGUUCCUUGGGUCUGGGACUGGAUUUCGACCAAUUGGAGGAGGAGCAGGUGGUUCUGGGAAAGAGUUCCAAGCUGCCUUGGGUGGCAAUGUCCCAAGGGAGCAGUUCACAGUAGUCAUGUUAACCUACGAGCGGGAGGAAGUGUUAAUGAACUCCCUAGAGAGACUCAAUGGACUCCCUUACUUAAAUAAAGUUGUAGUAGUGUGGAACUCCCCCAAACUUCCGUCUGAAGACCUCUUGUGGCCUGACAUUGGUGUCCCAAUCAUGGUUGUCCGCACAGAAAAGAACAGUCUGAACAACAGGUUCCUGCCAUGGGAUGAGAUUGAGACAGAGGCCAUUCUGUCUAUCGACGAUGACGCCCACCUUCGCCAUGACGAGAUCAUGUUUGGGUUCCGAGUCUGGAGAGAGGCAAGGGACCGCAUUGUUGGAUUCCCUGGGCGAUACCAUGCGUGGGACAUCCCCCAUCAAUCCUGGCUCUAUAACUCAAACUACUCUUGUGAACUGUCCAUGGUGCUGACUGGUGCUGCCUUCUUUCAUAAGUACUACGCCUACCUGUAUUCUUACGUGAUGCCACAAGCCAUCCGUGACAUGGUAGACGAAUACAUCAACUGUGAGGAUAUUGCCAUGAACUUUCUAGUCUCUCACAUCACAAGGAAACCACCCAUCAAGGUGACUUCGCGCUGGACCUUCCGCUGCCCUGGCUGCCCUCAGGCCCUUUCGCAUGACGACUCACACUUCCACGAGCGGCACAAGUGCAUCAACUUCUUCGUCAAGGUGUAUGGGUACAUGCCCCUCCUGUACACCCAGUUUCGUGUGGAUUCUGUCCUCUUCAAGACCCGCCUGCCCCAUGACAAGACUAAAUGCUUCAAAUUCAUUUAGGAGGGGGGUUCCUGAGGGGUCCCUUCAGCACUCUGGACCUGGGCGAGAGGCUGAGGGAUCUUUGCCAAGUUCCGAGCGAGAAAAGCCUCCAGUAUGGGCAGUGAUGCAAAGCAAAAGGAAAAUCUUGGAUUCUAAUCAAUGAUUUUUACCCACCCAUCCCAGGGUAACUGCACCAAGUGAAAUGGAACUGGACUAUAUGACUUGUGUGAAGACACUUACUAGGAUCAUACACUGAGGAAAUGGAGACUUUGGUUAGUAGCUCAGCUAGUCCGUUAGCCAAGGGCCACCAUUUUUUAAAUUCUUGUUAUUUAAAAUGAAAGUGUUUUAGUUUUGCUG